AUGGAUGUGAUGCAUAAAAAAAUCAAGAUUUCACUUAGCGGUGGUUGCGAGCUGCUCUUCAACAAGGAGGAGAGUAUCACUUUGGCAGAUGUGGUACCUGUUGGCGCAACCGUUGCAGAGCUAAUUGACAUUUUGCGGCGGGACUACAUCAAGGAAAGACCGGAGUUGUUCGUCGACGCCACUGGCACAAAUGUGCGCCCCGGUAUUCUGGUGCUGGUUAACGGCUGUGAUGCCGAGGUGUUCGGCGGCGUACAGCACGUCUUGGAAGACGGUGAUGAGGUAGAGUUUGUGUCCACGCUGCACGGCGGUUGA